CGCAACACGCGCACGCCUCCAGCACGCUCCUCGGCGACGUGGCGCAGCCUUCCUCGGCACGGCCGGCCACUAUAUAGCCUCACGCCCACGCAGCCCACGUGCUGGCCACGCUCCUCGCCAUGUCCUCCGACCCCGUCGCUGCGGCCAUCGCCAGCGCUCGAAUCCCCCACAACGAGCCGUCGUCGUUGCACAGCGACGCAUUACCACACUCGGGCGCAUCUGCUGGGCCGUCUCGUCUGCGCUCCUCUUCCAUCUCCUCUGCCUCCUCUUCCUCCUCUUCAGCCGGGCCGAUCGUCUACGACUCCAAAGCCACACUACCGCGCGUCACGCCGCCACGCCGCAAGUCAGCCGCGGGCCUGAGCUCGCCGAGCGAUACGCGCGGCAGCCUCGACUCGGUCGGCUUUGGCUACGAGCAGCACCUGCUGCCGCUCAGCAUGUCGGCGCGCAUUGACGACGAUGCAGACGACGACAUGGCGCAGUACGCGUCGGCUCGCACGCGCAUCAGCUAUGGCGAUCGAGAGGGCGACACGGUGGAGGGCGGACGCAGUCCGAGGAGGGAAGAGCGCAGGAUGGGUCUCGUCGAUGGCAUUGCCCUGACUGUCGGCCUGCAGAUCGGCUCCGGCAUCUUCUCCUCGCCCGGCGUCGUGACACUGAACACUGGCAGCAUCGGCGCCAGCCUGGUAGUCUGGCUCGUGAGCGGCAUCCUGGCCUGGACGGGCGCCAGCUCGUUCGCGGAGCUGGGCGCUGCGAUACCGCUGAACGGCGGCGCUCAGGCAUAUCUGAAUUACUCAUUUGGGCCCCUGAGCGCCUACCUCUUCGCCUGGACUGCCAUCGUGGCGCUCAAGCCCGGGUCAGGGGCCAUCAUCGCCAUCAUUUUCGCCGAAUAUGUGGCUCGCGUCAUCUACCACACCACCUCCUCAUCCGCGGCGCAUCCGCACGAGCAAGGCCUGGACCAGAUCCCGCCAUGGAGCAUCAAGCUGAUCGCCGUCAUCAUCGUGGUGCUGAUCUCAACCGUGCACGCGUUCAGCUCGCGGCUGGCGACGCGCGGGCAGGUCGCCACGACAGCUGUCAAGCUGCUGGCUCUCGUCGCCGUGCCUGUCCUUGCCAUCGUCGUCGCCGCGCGCGGCAAGAUGCCAGACGCGAGCAAGCACGCCUUCUCGAGCAUCCCGAAUCUCUUCGAGGGAUCCAGCCGCAGCCCAAGCAACUAUGCGCUGGCGCUGUACUCGGGCCUGUGGGCGUACGACGGCUGGGACCAGAGCACGAUCGUGGCCGGCGAGAUCAAGAACGUGACGAAGAACCUGCCGCGCGUCAUCCACUCGAGCCUCAGCAUCGUGCUCUGCAUCUUCCUCCUCACCGUCACGUCCUACUUCGUCGUGCUCGCGCCGCAGCUCGUGGCGCAGACGAACACGGUGGCGCUCGACUUUGGCUCGGCCAUCGCCGGCACCGUCGGCGGCGUGGUGUUUGCCUGCCUCGUCGCCUUCUCGUGCCUGGGCGCGCUCAACGGCCAGUUCUACACGAGCGCGCGCUUCGUGUUCACCGCGGGCAAGGAGGGCUACCUGCCGAAGAUGUUCGGCCGCACAAACGCACGCACAAAGACGCCCGUCGCGGCGACGGCGCUGCAGGCGGCGCUGGUGAUCGUCUUCAUCCUCUUCGGCAGCGGCUUUGCCUCGCUCGUCAACUUCUACGGCGUCUGCAGCUGGUCGGGCUACCUCUUCACCGUGCUUGGCCUGCUCGUGCUGCGCAUCAAGGAGCCGCACCUCGAGCGGCCGUACCAGACGUGGAUCACGACGCCCAUCCUCUUCUCGGCCGUCGCCCUCUUCCUGCUCUUCAUGCCCAUCUUCUCCGCGCCGCUCGAAGCACUGGCUGCCGCCGCAUUCAUCCUCGCCGGCGUGCCGAUGUACUUUCUGACGCAGCGACGAGUGCUGGCGCCGCUCUUUGCGCGCCGUGCCCAGCGCGACACCAUCCCGCAGCACAAGGAGGUGCUCGACGAGGCGGCCUACGACGAGGAGGCGCUCGAGAUGCUGCCGUCGCAUGCGGAGCGAUGAAGCUGAAGCAAUGUGCAUGCUGCGACGAGCG